CAAUAAGCAGUAAGACUCCACAACCAACACAAACUGAUCACUCUUCUCCUAACAAGACCACAUCUGUACCAAGAAGACUCAUCGCGAUGCAGCCUGAAAAGGCACAGGCUCGAUCCAAAUAUGUCUUUAUAACGGCUUCAGCUGUACUCGCUCUAGCUGUUUUAUGCGGACGUCACACAUUUGCAACAGCAUUAGAUAGCAAUACUGCUCAUCAGCAAUAUCCACACGUAGCAGCCGUUCAUCAACAGCGACAACAAGGUCAUGUGGUGAAUAUGCAAUCAGAUGCAAAACAACAAAACACAAAGAGUACAUAUCAGCCAUCACAGUUCGAAGAGGAUGACGAUGAAGUAGAAUUCCAAAGUUAUAUACCCUCAAGCGAGAGAAGGACAUUGGCAGAGGAAUUACGAGCUGCUAGACAAGCGGAAAGAGCUCGUGCUGCCAGAAAACUCAAACAAGAGAAGGCUUCCUCGCAGGCUGAGAAAAAGUCAAUGAAAGCAGAAGAAGAUCAAUCGCAUAUACCCGACAGCAUCCAGAACAAACCGACCACCAAAGCUGCCUCAAAGGGUAUCCGAAAGGGUAUUAGUGCCGUUCGAAGUGCUGGAAGACAAGUCAAAAGCACCAUGCAUCAUUAUCUAGAUCAUGACGAUGAAUACGAAUAUGUCGACGAAGAUGGAGAGGUCAUUUCUGACGCAGACGGAUGGCAGGAAAUUGCACCAGCAGCAGCCACAAGGUUACGCAGAAGGAGAAAGGUGAAUAAUUCAAAAUCAUUUAUUGCUCGUGUAAUGGCAAUCGUACCGCAUAUAUUCAAAUCUGCAUAUGCAAUCGCUCUCUGGAUGAGCAGGAACGUGGUCUGGACGCCGAUGACAUACAUUGGAGGUGCUGUGAGCUGGUCAGCGCAUACAUCAUGGCAAACGACAACUUGGGCAGGCGAGAGAGCACUUGUUGGACCGGCAAGAACGGUCACCGCACCAUUUGUUUAUCUAAUCGAAGGGCUUUUGUUCAUCUUUGUUUGGAUUCCAGCUCGAGCUAUCAAAGUCGUCGUUCGGGAAUUGUAUCCUGUGUAUGUAUUCUUGGGAGCGGCAUUAGCGGUGGGAACGGCAAUGGGGAUCGCUGCUGCUGUGGUGCUAUACGUCGGAUCGUUCGUCUUUGGAGAUCGAUCAAAGCUCGAAAGCUCGUUGUACGAGCGUGGUGAGAGACUACCUCGCGAAAUGGAACAGUACGUAGCCGACAGUUAUCGCACGGCAGAAAAGAGAAGUAACGGAAGAAAAACAAAGAGAAAUGGAAGUAUCAUCGAAGAAGCAAUCCGAGAAAGCCUACAAAGAGAAGAACGCCUAAGGGCGAAUGGCCAUAUUGCAUCUCCUGGUGAAGAAGAAGACGAAGGAUUGGCGAACGAAAGAGAUACUUUUGGAUUCGAGCGUGCGUGGAAGCAAGGUGAACAAGUGGAAGAUAGCGAUGAGGACGAUGAUUAUUUCGGCACAACUGUUGGUUCGAAUACAUUCAAAGGAAAAGACAAAUCACCGCCCGCACAGCAAAAUGGCAGAAGAGCCUCCUAUCCUAUUCCAUCGAUCGUAACAUCGAAUGGCAACUCUGCUCCUUCUAAUUCUGCAUACGCCAAAUCAAUCCCUGUAGGAGCCACAGGCCAUGGCGGAUGGGGACAACGAAGCGAUUCGAACAGUUCCACUCCGAUUGCAUCGCCUGUAUACACACGAUCGAAUGUGGCAUCUCCCUACGCAUAUACAUCUUCAAGAGCUUCUCCUGUUAUCACACCAUCUCCGACAUCGCGAGUUGGACCAGAUGCGAUUCGGUCUCAUCAUAGUCGCCAAAGGAGAAAUGUACCAGCUGCAUCACCUGUUGCUUGAUGUAACCUUAGCUAAUUUUCCUACCCAUCCUAUACCAACCCCAUUUGUGAUACCCACUUAUUCGCCCUUCAUUGAAUUGCGGACACCUCUUUUGUAUACAUACUAAACAGAAAAAGAGAGAAUCGAUCCCUAAUGACGAUAGUAUACAUUGUGCGAUUUGUGAUAUCAUACAAGACAUUGCGAUUAAACUUCUGUCUCUCCACCUUGCUGUAAUUGUUGAGCAGCUUGU